CCAAAUGCGAAUGCGAUUUUGGGGAAAUUUAUCUGAAGCUCCCCAAUGCGCAGGUUUACAAGAUCCAAAGACACCGGCAACAAUGGCCACCACGGCACGGCAUUUAUGUCGGUCAUUGUUUCAGGUCAGUCGACAAAUACCCGUGAAGCGAAAAUGUCAAGCAGCACAGUCGCAGCUCUUCACGCGACGGCAUCGAGUCACAAGCACGAGCACCCAAUUUCGACAACUCUCGACGACUUUGCCGCGCCGGGCAGACAAAGACCGAAGGAUCAGUGCCUUUGACCAGGACGGAGAUGGUGAGGAAGAUGAUGAAGGCUUGGACCUCAGUCGACCUCCCGAGGGCGGCUACAAAAUCCCCUCUACACCCAUCACCCUUGCCGACCUAGACCCCGACGAACUCGCCGAUUUCCAAAUGCUCUCGCCCAAGGACCAAGAGUCGUACCUGGCCUUGCAGAAUCACUACGCGGCCGAAUUCGAAGAAGCUGGAAUCAACUUCAACGCCGAUCCCAACGCCCAAGACCCCUUGAUGGAGAAACUUGUCGACAGCGUAGACCGAGAAAUCGGCAAGGAAGUCGAACCCUUGGAUUUCCCCGACGUCCCGUUGAAAGGCAAUGAAGUGGGCUUCUGGGCGUUGGAUGAAGAGGACGACGAAUUCACGCAAGUGGAAGACGGCGAUGAGGAGUGGGACGAGAGUGCUAUUUCGAGUGUUGCGCAUAACGAGUUGGACCUACACCGAGAGGUCCGGGAAUACACACGGGUCAUUGCCUGGGAUAUGCCCUUAUUACAGCAGUUCGCAAAACCGUUCACACCCCCUACGGAGGCUACGCCCCUCCGUUUCCGCUACACUACGUACAUGGGCGAAUACCACCCAGCUGCCCGUAAAGUGGUUGUACAAUUCUGCUCGAAAGACCUCCCCAAUCUCACCGAGAAACAGCGGAUUAAACUCCUCAAACUCGUCGGCCCGCGCUACAACCCAGAUACGGACGUGAUCAAGAUGUCGUGCGAAACCUUUGAGGCGCCCGCGCAGAACAAGCGUUAUCUGGGAGAUCUGGUCAAGAAGGUACUGGACGAAGCGCGCAACGGGAAGGAUACGUUUGAAGACAUCCCACUCGACUUGAGACAUCACAAGCCGCAAAAGAAAAUCGAGUUUCCUGAGAACUGGAAGUUGAAGCCCUCUAGGGUCAAGGAGCUAUUGAUCGCGAGACAGGAGCAGAAGCUGCUGGGCGAGGGUCAGACGGCACAGCAAUCCCCGGUACUCGAUGGCAAGGAAUUAGUGCACGAGUAUGUUCGGGCGUUGGGAAGACCAGCGCCCUUGAGACCAUAGCGGUCUUUGUAAAACUAGGGAUACAAAAUAGAUCUCAACGGAACAUUUGCAAAACACUGUAAAGGGAAGGUCUGGGCCUUUGACGUGAAGUCUUUCAUUUGUUUGUUCAUUCCGACUAUCCCCCCCUCUCGAUCGUCCUCUCGAU